AUGUCAGUUCAAUCUGCCAAAGCAGCCUCUGAGUUUUUCAAAAACCAUGACCUCUCAUUUGCAAACCGCACCAUAAAUGAAGCUUGCCGGGUUUAUGACUACCACAAGGGGUCAUUGGCUCUAGCCCCUUACGGCUCACACUGGCGGGUGUUGAGGCGGCUUUUGACGGUUGACAUGGUCGUAAACAAGCGCAUCAACGAGACCGCCUUCUUUCGAAGAAAGUGCUUUGACAACUUGCAGUUGUGGAUAGAAGAGGAAGCCUCUAAGCUCAAAGAAGGACAUGGAGUUCAUGUGGCUCGUUUUGUGUUUCUUAUGACUUUCAACCUUCUUGGGAACCUCAUGCUGUCUAGGGACUUGGUGGAUCCUAAGUCAAACGAAGGGUUGGAGUUCUUUAAGGCAAUGAAUGGACUGAUGGAGUGGAAUGGGGCUGCAAACAUGGCUGAUUGCUUUCCAUGGCUAAGGUGGUUGGAUCCACAGGGCUUGAAGAGGAAGAUGAAAAAGGACCUCGGAAAAGCUAUACAGAUUGCCUCUAAGUUUGUGAAGGAGCGCAUGGAAGCGAGAGGGGUGGGUAGAGAGAAAACUAGGGACUUCUUGGAUUUGUUGCUUGAAUUUGAAGGCAAUGGAAUUGAUGAACCAGACAAAAUUUCUGAACAUGAUCUCAAUAUUUUUAUACUGGAAAUAUUCAUGGCUGGUUCAGAAACAACAAGCAGCACCACAGAAUGGGCAAUGACAGAGCUGCUAUGCAACCCAGAGACAUUGAUGAAGGCCAAAGCCGAGCUCACUCAAGUGAUAGGUCCAAACAGAAAGAUUGAAGAGAGUGAUAUUGACAAUCUUCCCUAUUUGCAGGGUAUAAUUAAAGAAACACUAAGAUUGCAUCCACCAGUUCCAUUUCUACUACCAAGAAAGGCUAUGGAUGACACCAAAUUCAUGGGGUAUUUUAUACCAAAAGACACACAGGUUUUUGUGAAUGCUUAUGCAAUUGGAAGAGACCCAGAUGUGUGGGUUGAUGAGCCUAAUUCAUUCAAGCCUGAGAGGUUCAUAGGUUCAAAAAUUGAUUACAAGGGCCAACAUUAUGAGUUGAUUCCAUUUGGAGCUGGGAGAAGAAUGUGUGCAGGUGUGCCUCUGGCUCAUAGAAUGCUGCAUCUUACAUUGGGGAUGUUGCUUCACCAAUUUGAUUGGUCACUUGAUGGAAAUGUCACCAGAGACACUAUGGAUUGGAAGGACAAGUUGGGGGUACAAUGA